CACUAAUAGAGUGUUCUCUAGUGUAGGCGCUGUAAGGAGAACGGAGGCUCAUCUCAAGCAGCAGAAAGAGCUCCCCGCAUCGCAGCAUCAACACCACAACAACGAAACAUACGCUCCACGCACUACUACCAAACACGCAACCCCCACACUCACAAUUUGACCAACAUGUCCGACACGAAAGCUUUCGCAGCAGCUGCAGCCAACUCCCCCAUUCCUCCCAACCGUCUCAAGCAGAUCGCGACCGACGCAUGCACUCUCGCCCUCGAGAAGGCUGAGGCCUACGAACACACGCGCACCGAGGCAUGGAACACGCAGAUUAUUAACCACAUCCUCCGCGCGCUCAUCUCCGAGUCCCAACCCGCCGCGACCUCCAGCUCAAGCUCGACCUCACCCCCGCCAUCCCCCUGGAAGUUCGCCGUCAACUCGAUGAUAAUCCAGCACCUGUCGCCGAAGGCCACGGCGGCUGCUACUACCGGCGAGGGCGCCGAGCUGAUCAACGGAAGGUCCGCGGCCGCUGGAGGCCAGGGUCGUCGCGGUAUGCACUCUGCCCAGGGCGCGUAUUGGAACAACGAGACCGACGGCAUGUGGAGCUUCAAGUUCGACAGCAAGGCGAUGGAUGUUGUCAUCAGCGUUAUCUGGGUCGCGGUUUAAAGGGGGCGCGUGAAUUGAGGCGAGGGAGGGAACGGAGCGGGAUGAUACCAGGGAGGAGGCGCUGGAGCGUUUGUUGCUUGCUUUCUUGUUGGUGCUUUCUACUGCGGAAUUGAGUUUACUGCUACGGCUACUGGGAGUCAUGAACCGAAUAACUUUUCGACAUCUGCAUACCGAUUGCUUGUCUGCCCGUUUCGUUGAUUUAUGCUGGAAACUGUAUGGAGCUCUUGGUAACAGAAACCAUCUCCGGAAUAUGAAGCGACACCACGAUGGAUUGCAAACCGUCCCAGCUGAGAACUCGAAUACCUAGCUGCGAUUCGGAUACUUGGAAAUAGGCC